GAGCGGAUCCCCUCCGUGUUUCUGCCCCGAACUCACGAUGGGAGAAGAUUGUCAUUGUAACGCAGGGCCUUUGGUCGCUCUGACUCUGACUCCUGACUCCCCGCUGGUGCAGCUCUUCAGCCCACAUCCGAUGUAAAGAGCUCCGACUUGUGCACAGUGUUUAUAUUUACCGACCAGGAGCAGUCGCAGUUCGGUUUGCCGGAUCCGGUGCUGCAGUUGCAGUGCAUCUGAAGAUGAUUUUGCCCUUGGGUGUGUUAAUUUUAUCUGCCUCACAGAUUCACGUCAGUUUCACUGUCUAUUUUGUGGCUUUUCUUCAUCUUUGGCCAGUGGAAGGCGACCUUAUAGCUCAUUCCAUUGAAAACAGAACGCAGAAUUUUGACGAUCUACCAUCAAGAUUUGGUUACCGCCUUCCUAAAGAUGGUCUACAGGGUUUCCUCGUGUAUUCAAAGCCGAAGAAUGCCUGUGAGCCCAUCAUCUCUCCCCCACUGACUGACAACUCCAGCAACUUCAUUGUUCUGAUCAGAAGAUUUGACUGCAAUUUUGACAUUAAGGUGCUGAAUGCUCAGCGGGCUGGAUACAAGGCUGCCAUUGUCCACAAUGUUGACUCAGAUGAACUUAUUAGUAUGGGGUCCAAUGAUGUUGAUGUUUUUAAACAGAUCACUAUCCCGUCUGUGUUCAUUGGGGAUAAAGCAGCUAAAAUCCUCAUGGAAGAAUUUAGCCUUGAAAAAGGUGGCCACAUAGUGAUUCUGCCUGAUUUCAGUCUGCCACUGGAGUACUAUCUCAUUCCGUUCCUCAUCAUCGUGGGAAUCUGUUUAAUCCUGAUUGCUGUGUUUAUGAUCUCCAAAUUUAUUCAAGAUCGACACAGAGCAAGGCGGAACCGUUUACGAAAAGAUCAACUGAAAAAGCUUCCAGUACACAAAUUCAAAAAGGGUGAUGAAUAUGAGGUGUGUGCAAUUUGCCUGGAUGAAUAUGAAGAAGGUGACAAGCUUCGAGUCCUGCCCUGCUCACACGCAUAUCAUAGCAAAUGUGUGGAUCCGUGGCUCACCAGGACAAAGAAGACCUGUCCUGUUUGUAAGCAGAAGGUGGUGGCUUCUCAGGGAGAAUCUGAUUCAGACACUGAUGAUGCAGACAGCAGCCACGAGGAAAACGAUGAAGUUUCGGAAAACACGCCUUUGCUGAGAUCUCUAGCAUCUACCAGUGGUCAUUCAUUUGGUACCAUGUCAGAAUCUCAGUCUCACCAGGAAGCAAUGGAGUCUUCUGAGUACGAAGAUGAAGACAGCAGUGAUGAUGAUGAGAGAGUCAAUAAUGAAGCAAUAGUUGUUCAGAUGCAGCAAGAAAACAAUGAAGCAGCCAAUGACGAAAGAGCCAGAGAUACAUCUGCAAUAGUUUGACGAUUUAGGUUUUUUUAAAAAAAACAAAAUCUGCAUACCUUAAAGCAGUUGUCAAAAUUAAACUUCAGGAAAUUUUUCCAAUUGCUUUUCCAGUUCAUUAAUUGCAACUAGUCAAAACAUGCAAGUUUUCUAGGAAUUGUAAAAUCCCCGAGUCCUUAGCUCAUGUUGUUGCUAGAAAUAAUGAAGUGCAGCUGUUAUAUAAUAUAUAUGGCUCCUCGGUGGAUUGCAGCUCCUGCCCAUGGGUUUGGGCAGCCAAAAGCAAGCUCGAUGCCUAAAACAAGUGCUGUUUUCCCUGAAUUGUCAUUUUUUUUGCCACUGUUGCUGUAACAUCAGCUUUCAAUGUUGUGAAACUUGCAAAGAUUGCCAAAGACUGGUAGUCAGAUUGCACCACUUAAACAUAAUUGAGUGACUUUUAAAGGCUUGUCAAUAUAAAGAUGCCUGAAUAAUGGCAAUAUUUCUUUGUAAAAUGUUUCAAUCAUGUUGACUGGACUUGGAUAUGUCUUCCAUCCCCCCCAGGAGGAUCCCAUUCAUGAAGCAUAUUGAAUAUUUGUUCAUUUUGUGAUUGAAGGAGCGCAAAUCCCAGGUAACCUUACGGAUUUUAAGUUACUUUAUUGUGUACCUGAUUUUUUUGUGUUUAAGUUGACAUUACCUACAUUGACCAACUGGGAUAAAUGGAAAUUUGAAAUACAGUAAAAAGGCAAGUUACUUACUUUGUAUGUACAAGUGCUAAACAUGGUUAAUUUCAAAUUUUGUUUUUCCCCAAAAGCAUCCAGUAAAUGCUAAUUUGUAAAAAAUAUUGAAGACUUAAUGUUUUAAUGCUGCAAUUAUCAAGUCAGUUGUGCUGACUAGAAUAACAAAUUUGCUUUAUGUUAAAAAUUGACAAGUGAAAACACAAAGUGCAUGUGUCUGUCACAUUAUCAACUGUGGUAACUAAUUUUAGAUACUGGUUUCAAAUUUCCACUCAAUUUAUUUUGCAAAAAAGAAAAUGCUUACAUGCAUUCAAACUGAAAAUUAGGUUGACAUAAGUGCCAUAAUAGUUUGGGGCUAGGAAGGAAAACAGCCAGGGUUACUGCUGCAAGAAAGUGCACUUGUGUGAAUGUUAGGAGUGAUCACGAUCACAUUACAGUCAUUUCUCCCCUCCUCACCCCAGUCGUUGGGUUGUUACACAUCAUUCAUGAUCUGGCUUUGGAGAUGAAGAAUGAGCCCAUAUUGAGUUAGUAAUUUUCAGAGAGGGAAGAAAAUGUUAAAGAAAACCAAACGCAACUUAGUUGGGGGCGGGGGGGGGGAGAGAGAAAAAAGGAACUGACUGUUUUAUUCCAUUCCCUCAAACUAUGUUUCUGCAAUUGUCCUUUGGAAAGCAUACCCUUUGACAGUACAAUUACUGCAAUGUACAUAUGAAUGAACAAUACCUUGUUCUUAAACUUCUAAUAAUAAUCGCAACACCACAGUACUUUUUGGAUUCACAUUUUUUUAAUACAGAUGUAUGUAGCUAAUUGGAGUUUCUUUUAAGUAUCCAUAAAUUGACGUGUUUCAGAUGCAUGGACUCUUACAGAUGUGUGGUUUGCCAUUUUGAGAUGGUUAGGGGACAAAAUGCUUUCUGGCAUCUUCCAUCCUUUUUUUUCUGCCUUUUACUUUUGCCUCUUAACUGUAGGAAAAAAAACUGUCAAGUGUGUAAGUUCUUUUUGGUCUCCAAACGCCACUAAAUUAUGCUCAUUUCAAUCACAAGAAAACACUUGGCAGUAAAAGAAAAACAAAAGGUUGGUUUAUUUAUGAAUGCCAGAAUCAACUCAAAACAGUCUACAAAAGCUUUGGAUUCAAAUUGGAGUGAUUGAAAAUUUAGAAUCAACAAGUAUCCAAAACAAUAAUACAGUAUUGUCUGGGUAAUCGAUCCUAGUCAAAGCCUUCAACAAAAGCCUGGUUUUGAGAGAUGUGCAAAACACUCCCAACAACUUCAUCCUUCAGUUGUUUAAUAUGGAGGUAAAUUACCUCCAAGAGAAAGUUGGAGCCAUCACUUAGUGGGAAGGAGAAUUAAGGAUGCAGGAAUGUAGAGCAGCACAUCUUCCAAGAAAUAUGCCCAAAGUAUAGAGAGGUAUCUUACACUGCUCUUUCCAUUCAUUGUGCAAUAUUGGUAUGCUGCUAAUUAAACAGCAGUUAACAUGUCAAUUGAUUUUUUUGUAUUUCUACAACUUAAUUUAAAUGCAAUUAAUGUAAUCAAAAUAUUAAAUCCCUCAUGAUUCACAUCCUUACUGCCCUCCACCCAUACAAAUUAUACAUUAUGUACCCUGUAAAGUGGUGGGGGACUAUGGAACCUCUAUCAAUAAUCCUCAAAAAUUCCACAAUAAAUACAUCUGCACAUCUACUAAAAAAAAUUCAGAGCACCCAGGCUGCUGACCUUUAUUUCCUUGUCUAAUGUUAUCUAAAUGUACAAAUAGGCUUGCAUAUAGAUAACAGCACUAAAGCUACAAUACAAAUGAACACAUGUAUUAAGUUCUAUACUAGUUUUUUUAAGGUUAUGUAAAUUUGAAGAAUGAUUUAAUUUGAUGUGGUAUUUUCACAGAAUAAUAAAGCACUUUUCAAAUCA